AUGUUCGAGGAAGCGAGUGAAGUGUUUGACAAUAUGUUCAAGUCGUCGUUUCCCCUCACUUUUAUUGUGUUUAUCCCCGCGGUGCUGAUCUUGGUAUCCCCUCUCCCGGCCGAGGCGGCACAUGAGUUCACGGUGUACCGCAUGCAGCAGUACGACCUCCAGGGACAGCCGUACGGUACCAGGAAUGCCAUCCUGAACACUGAGGCCCGCACGGUGGAGGCAGAGGUACUAAGUCGUCGCUGUGUCAUCAUGCGACUGGCGGACUUCUCCUACGACAAGUACCAGAAAGCCCUGCGUCAGUCGGCGGGGGCCGUGGUCAUCAUCCUGCCCAAAAACAUGUCUGCCAUGCCGCAGGACAUCGUGCAGCAGUUCAUGGAGUUGGAGCCAGAGAUGCUGGCCACUGAAACCAUCAUCCCCGUCUACUUUGCCAUGGAGGACGAGGAGCUGCUGUCCAUCUACACUCAAACCCUGACCUCCUCCUCCUCUCAGGGUUCCCUAUCGGCCGCUGAAGUGCUGCUGCACACAGCCACAGCCAACGGCUUUCAGAUGGUGACCAGCGGAGCUCAGAGCAAAGCCGUCAGCGACUGGGCCAUCACCAGCCUAGAGGGCCGCCUGUCUGGAGUGGGUGGAGAGGACCUCCCCACUAUUGUUGUGGUGGCUCAUUACGACUCCUUUGGUGUGGCUCCGUGGCUGUCGUACGGAGCCGACUCUAACGGCAGCGGGGUCUCCAUGCUGCUGGAGCUGGCCCGCCUCUUCUCCAAACUCUACACCUACAAGAGGACACAUGCCGCGUACAACCUGCUGUUCUUUGUGUCCGGUGGUGGAAAGUUCAACUACCAGGGCACCAAACGCUGGCUGGAGGACAACCUGGACCACACAGACUCCAGUUUGCUGCAGGACAACGUGGCCUUUGUGUUGUGUCUGGACACUCUGGGGAACGGCGACUCCCUGCAUCUCCAUGUGUCCAAGCCCCCCAAGGAGGGGACGCCGCAGUACUCUCUGCUCAAAGAGCUGGAGCAGGUGGUUUCGAGUCAGUAUCCAGAGGUGAAGUUUUCCAUGGUCCACAAGAAAAUCAACCUGGCCGACGACAUGCUGGCCUGGGAGCACGAGCGCUUCGGGAUCCGCCGGCUGCCGGCCUUCACUCUGUCCCACCUGCCCUCGCACCGCUCCUCUCAGCGCUCCAGCAUCAUGGACGUGCGGUCAGUGUCCCCCUCCUCUCGCCACGGAGCGGGAGAGCCACCUGCUGGGCCCCAUGUGGACGUGAAGAAGCUCGGCAGAAACACCAAGGUGGUGGCCGAAGCACUGGCCAGGGUCAUCUACAACCUCACAGAAAAGGGGGCACCUGGAGCCCUGCAGAUCUUCACUGAACAGAUGGUGCAGGAGGAGCACCUGUCCGCCGUGGUGGACUGGCUGACCGCGCAGCCCCGAGCUGCCCAGCUGGUGGACAAAGACAGCAGCGUGGUGUCCACCCUGGAGUACCACCUGGGCCGCUACCUCAAAGACGUCAAGAGGCACUACGUCAAAGCUGACAAAAGGGAUCCAGAGUUUGUGUUCUAUGACCAGCUGAAGCAGACCAUGAACGCCUACAGAGUGAAGCCAGCUAUCUUUGACCUGCUGCUGGCCGUCUGCAUUGCAGCCUACCUGGGGAUGAUGUACCUGGCUAUCCAGAACUUUGGAGUCCUCUACAGUGUUGUCCGCAGGGUCACCCAGCCCAAAGCCAAGGCCCACUAG